CGACGUCGUGCUAGUUGUAGGGUUUAUUUAUCUGUUCAUAUACCGCUCGUCCAUUUCAAUCCCGUUCAAGGAAAACAAAAUUUGGUCAAAAUCAAGAGAGAUGGCAUCGUUUUGCAGAUCAGCGUUAGUGGCAGGUUCCAGAAACUUAGUAUCUAGAUCCAAAAUCGUAACCCAAAAGUCCCUCAAUCUUAAACCAGCAUCGACUUCAUCUCCUUUCGCUUCACCGUCCCAAUCCAUCCCUCGCGCUUCAAGGGUUCUCUCGGCUUUGGGAAGCGUUGAAACGAUGAUUCCGCUUCAUAGUGCGGUUGCUUCAGCACGGCUCCGGUCAAGCAUCGCUGCUGAUUCCUCCUGUUGGAGCUGGCUUUCCCAGGGAUUUGCCACGCCUUUGUGACCCCGGUCUGCUGGAGAUCUAUCUAAGGCGAAAAUAAUCAAAAAUAAUAGGACUUGCUUUCAGACAAUCAAUGAACAAGAAUAGUACUCUUUGUCGUUUGAACUCUUUCGUCGAUUGUAUUGUCAUGGUUCACAUGGACUUAUUGCUUCAAAGUUCUUGCGAUCUUUCUAUUGCUAUUUGGAUUCAUCCACAGAUUUUUUUGCAUUGAAACUCAGUUUGAUUGUUCGUGCAAGUUACAACGCAAAAGGUCCGAUGUUUUUCAUUUACUGAAUCUUGUUUGCUGAUUUUCUUCCAU